ACUUGUGACUUGGAGCUCGAGCCGAGUCGCUGUAUGUAAUGUAGUGUAGAGUCUACAUGGUUGGUUGUGUUCAUUUCUCUUGUCUUUUCGUGGCUUCCUCCUCUGGGAGUGACAGCAAAAAUGUCGGUCCGGCGUGGCAUGCCACGCGCAAACCCUAAAACGUCCAACCACGAGAUUGUGAAAGGAACUGAAUUCAGAACAGGGCGGACUCGGGAUCCGGAUGAGAAAGGAGAGCCAUGCAAGACCUGCGGGCCGCACAUUUGCCCCGGAUUCCAGUUGCAUUUCUGGCGGAAAGUAUGUCAGUACUGCCGUUGCCCGGAGAGUGAGCACAUGAGUGCGAAAACCCUGGACAACAUGGAGGAGGCAACGCGGCUCACACUCAACGGCUUGUUCAAGGUGGAUAACUACGAUGAAAUGUCGGGAAGCACUCAAGUCGAUAAUGUGUCCAAGUCAACCAGCGGCACACAGGUCCUUUCGACCCUUGAUGGCUCACGAAAAGGCUCCUCAGCGCAGGUCAGCAACUGCGAACAACUGAAGAAGAUCAAAACUGGAACAACGAAAAACUUGGUCGCGAAAUUCAUGGAGAACAUUCCAGAAGAGGAGAAGGAGGAGGGAGCGACAUACCGCCAGAAACAGCUUCUGAUGCAGCUGCCUGCUCACGAUAUCGAUGGCAAGGCAUGUAAGACACUCAUGACAACUGAGGAGAAGCAGGAGAUGGAGGAGUUUAGACAGCACAGGCAAGAGCAUGCCCUUGGUCAGGGACUUAUGUACACAAUCGGCCAAAAGCGUGACAUGACUGAUGAGCACAAAAGUGUGGAGGAAGUGUGGGACUGCCAGGAAUGCACAGAUACUCUGAAAAAGGGAGAAACAGCCAUAUUCACCGAUAAGACCGGUGGCGAGCGAUGCUGGCACGCAAAGUGCUUCGUCUGCUUUAAGUGCAAGGAGCUGCUCGUGGAUUUAAUCUAUUUCCACAAAGACGAUCACGUGUACUGUGGACGUCACCACGCCGAGUUGGUAAAGCCGCGCUGCAAGGCGUGCGAUGAGCUGAUCUUCACCGGCGAGUACACACACGCCGAGGACGCAGACUGGCAUAUUGUGCAUUUCUGCUGCUGGCGCUGCGACGAGCUGCUCGGCGGAAAGCGCUACAUCUCGCGGGAGGGCCAUCCGUUCUGCCUGGGCUGCUUCGACAAGGAGUUCGGCAAAAAGUGCAACACGUGUAAUAAGGCCAUUGCCGCCGACGAGUCCCACCUGACGCACAAGGACAUGACGUGGCACGGAAACGAUGAAUGCUUCACUUGCCACACGUGUAAGAAGUCGCUCGUUGGUAAGCCGUUCCUUCCCCGUCUCGAUCACAUCUUCUGCUGCCGGGCAUGCUACAAAGUAUAUAAGGAAGCUAACAUGGAACUGGCAGGCACACCAGAAGUAAAGUAAUUGCUUUCCCCCAACCAGACAAUUAUUGAGGCUUUAGUUUAUUUAAUUUUUCGUGCCAUUUCCGGCGGUGUUGGUUAGUAGAUUUGCUUUUAAAGAGAUUAUAUUCUGUCUUACUAUUUUACUAUUGGAGCGUAUCGGCCCCCUCACCUCCACUCGAUCUGGACAUCUGGCCGCUGUGCGUUCAGCUCCAGUGCAUGUAUUGUAUUGUGAGAAGGAAAAAAGAGAGAAGAAAAUGCAGCAUGAUUACGCGUAUACGGGGCACACACGGAACCUGGCUUGACAUGAGCCGUCUCCAAUUGCUUCAUUGUUUCUCUUUGUCCCAGGUUAACUGAUUUUCCGUCAGGAAGUCGAAACAGAUUUCUAAUAUUUACUAAUGCGGUUUAUGUGCUACUAUACUCUUGAUAGUACAAGUAAAUAAAUAGAAAUGAAAAAACCAAA